AUGUUCGAGGGGGUUGAGGCUGGGGACAGUUGUUGGUAUGUGGAAGAAGGGAGGGUUGGUGGGAGGUGGGCUUGGACGGUGAAGAGGAAGCGGUUUUGGGAGGCUUUAGAUGAAGUGGUAAGAGGCAUGCCUAGCUCAGAGAAGAUUAUUGUAGAAGGGGAUUUCAAUGGUCACAUCGGGGUAUUACCGGAAGGCUAUGGGGAUGUGUAUGAGGGUUAUGGUUUUGGGGAGAAAAAUGAAGAGAGAGUUGCUCUGUUGGACUUUGUGAGGACCUUUGGGAUGGUGGUAGUGAAUUUGAGCUUUACAAAGAAGGAGGAUCACCUGGUCACCUUCCAAAACGUAAUAGCUAAGAUGCAGAUUGACUUUCUGAUGCUUAAGAAUGGGGAUAGGGUACUGUGUAAGGAUUGCAAGGUCAUCCCGAGUAAGAACCUCUCGACCCAACACGGGCUUCUGUUAAUGGAUUUGGGCUUAAAGAAGAAUAAGAAGAGAAGGGGCAGAGAGGGUCGUCCUAGAAUAAAGUGGAAAGGCUUGACACCAGUAAGUAUGCUGGAGAUAGGGAAGACGGCGGCGGAGUUGAAGGUGUAG